AUGCCCCUUCUGAAUACUCGAAUCGAUAAUCCGGCACCUCUUGACUAUUCCACGCCGCCGUUUCCAUCACUCUACUGGCCUCUCCAUGCCAAACCUGGAGUCCCAAACUACCUAUACUAUGCUCAUGACAUUUGGCGAUUUACUUUACUAUGGACACUCAUUAUGUAUGGAAUCACGCAUAUUGCCGCAGCUGCUUGUGCCGUUGUAAUGCAAUCGGGAAAGGGGAAAAACGCCUGGCAAUAUGCUUGGAUAAUACCACUGGUGUACGCUUUAGUAGGUGGAAUUACAGCCUUGCUGGCGGGAAGUUUAGUUGGAUUGAUACUCGGUGCCAUUUACAAUGCGGGAUAUUUUCAGAUGUCAACAUGGAUUCCGUUCAUAUGGGCAUUGAUCAAUGUAUUAGUCUUUAUUAUAUCUUCUUUCUCAAUACAGGGUGGUCUAUGA